UGGGCACCGAAUCAAUACUUGUUUCGAUGGGACUGAUCAAAAUAGAGUCUUGCUUCGGUGAAACAUCCUUAAUUCGCGAAGACGGGAGCUGUGUAGUUAAAAAAAGAUGCAACUUUUCGAGUACAAUCUAGAGACUCUAUCGGACGAUGCGAUUCGGGAAAUUACAGAAAGCUACGAUGGGUUUUUCACCACCGUGGAGUCUCUCAUUGCCGGCGCCGGAGACUUCGCAGUCGAGAAGGAGUUCGUGUCUCAUGUUUCUACUCUCUGCAACUACGGCCUUGAUUCUCUUGUUUGUGACCACUUUCUAAGAUCACUCGAGCAAGCUUUCGACAAGAGUGGUGCAUCGAGUUUUGGGCAUCAUUUUGAUGAUUACAGCGAUAAGAACCAUACUGAUUGCGGAGAAGAGGUUCACCAAUUGUUGUCCAAAGCUUUGGAAGAAAUAUCUACAGAGAAGCAGUAUAAUGAGAAGUGUAUAUCCAUGGUUGUUCAUGCUUUGCAGUCGUUUAAAGAAAAAAGACUGAGCUCAGAUGCUGAAAGAGCUCAAAUUUUUUCGAGAUUCCAGUCAAUGUUGUCUUCUACUUUGAUGACUACUCUCCCUCAGCAUUUUCCUGAAAUACUCCACUGCUAUUUUAAGGAAAAGCUGGAGGAGCUAAGCACAAUCAUGGAUGAAGAUGACGCCCAACAACUCGAGAGUGAUGGCAUGGAUUUGGAUGUUGAUGAAGGAUAUUCAAGACAUGAUGAGUUUGUGAAGAACAUUGGGAAGGUGGUCUGUGACCUUAGAAGCCUUGGUUUCACUUCUAUGGCUGAAAACGCUUAUGCUUCCGCAAUCUUUUUGCUUCUCAAGUCGAAAGUGCAUGAUCUGGCUGGUGAUGAUUACAGGACUUCUGUUUUGGGACCAAUAAAAGAAUGGAUUCAGACAGUCCCUCUUCAGUUCCUCAGUGCGCUUCUUUGUUAUAUUGGUGAUUCCAUAAGUUAUGAUACCACAGCAUGUGGCCUUACCUCUCCUCUGGAUUGUUGUCCUUCUCCAAGCUUUUCCAAAGUUGUGACUCCUUCCCAAGGAAUUGGAAGGUGGAAAUUACUACUUGAAUAUUUUGCGUAUGAGACAUUGCAAGAUUUAAGGAUAGCGAAACUAUUUGAGAUCAUUGUUGAUUAUCCUGAGAGUUCUCCUGCUAUUGAGGACUUGAAGCAGUGUCUGGAAUAUACCCGACAGCACUCUAAGCUAGUCGAAUCUUUUAUCUCGUCGCUGAAAUAUCGUUUGCUCACUGCUGGUGCGUCAACAAAUGAUAUAUUCCAUCAGUAUGUGUUGACCAUUAAAGCCUUUAGAGCAAUAGACCCAUCUGGUGUGUUUCUGGAACCAGUGGCUGAGCCAAUCAGAGACUAUUUACGCGGACGGAAAGACACCAUUAAAUGUAUUGUCACUAUGCUCACGGAUGGAAGCGGAGGGAAUAGAAAUGGUUCCGGAAACCCUGGGGAUAGUCUUCUUGAAGAGUUGAUGAGGGAUGAAGAAAAUCAAGAGAAUGUUGGGUUUGAUGAUGAUUUUCACACCGAUGAUAAGCAAGCCUGGAUCAAUGCAUCUCGAUGGGAACCGGACCCUCUCGAGGCUGGUCCUUCAAAAGGUAGCCUCAGUGAGAGGAAAGUAGACAUACUUGGAAUGCUUGUUGAUAUAAUUGGAUCUAGUGAGCAACUAGUGAACGAGUAUCGUGUCAUGCUCGCUGAGAAGCUUCUCAACAAGAUUGAUUAUGACAUUGAAACUGAGAUACGCACUGUCGAGCUUCUUAAGGUAAACUCCAUUUCUUUUUUCACUCUUGAGUUUUAUCUAGCCAAACUAUUGGUCUAUUUUCUCCAUUGUUGCCAACAGAUACAUUUUGGAGAAGCUAGUAUGCAAAGAUGUGAGAUAAUGCUGAACGACCUGAUUGAUUCCAAGAGAGUGAACACUAACAUUAAAAAGACAUCUCAAACAGGCGCUGAGGUAGUAGAGAGUGAGCUGUCUGUUGAUAUUCUUACCUCAAAAAUACUUUCAACAAACUUCUGGCCACCAAUUCAGGAUGAGCCUCUAGAGUUACCUGCUCCUAUUGACAAGCUGCUAUCAGAUUAUGCCAAUCGAUAUCACGAAAUCAAGACCCCUCGUAAACUACUUUGGAAGAAAAAUCUUGGCACUGUCAAGUUGGAGUUGCAAUUUGAAGACAGGGCUAUGCAGUUCACAGUUUCCCCCACACAUGCAGCCAUUAUCAUGCAAUUUCAAGAAAAGAAAAUUUGGACCUCUAUAGAUCUUGCUGCAGCCAUUGGGAUACCCAUUGACCUAUUAAACCGAAGAGUAAACUUCUGGAUAAGCCAGGGAGUUUUGAGAGAGUCAAAUGCCAAUGUGUUUACACUUGUUGAGUCCAUGACUAAUUCUGGAAAGAACGAAAGCGAGGAGAUUUUGGCGAGUGAUGAAGAGAGUGAAAGAUCGAUAGCCUAUGUGGAAGACCAGCUUCGCAAAGAAACGACAAUAUACAAGAACUUCAUUAUGGCAAUGCUCACAAAUGGUAGCAUGGCAGUAGAUGGGAUCCAUAACAGACUCAAGAUGUUCUAUGUAGCUGAUCCUGCUUAUGACAAGUCACUGCAACAGCUUCAGAGCUUUCUUUCUCGGUUAGUCGCUGAAGAGAAACUAGAGUUGAGAGAUGGAAUGUAUUUGCUAAAGAAGUAGUAGAACUAUUUUAUAUUUUGUGUUUAUGAUGAUGAAGUAGUUUUGUCCUUUGUAUCAAAAAUAUCUCGUCGUCCCUUUAAUGAGUUCUCUAACAUCAAAAUCUGAAA